AUGUCCAAGCUUACCGAUUUCAAGCUCCUGUCUUUCGACGUAUACGGUACGCUGAUAGACUGGGAGGCCGGCGCUCUCACCGCUCUACGACCACAUCUCAAGAAAUCCGGCCAAGAGAGCAUGGAUCGCAAGCACAUUAUGCAGGUCAUGCACAAGAUCGAGGCAAGGGUCGAAAGAGAACACGGUCAUCUCAAGUACUCCGAAGUGCUCACUAUGGUACUCCCUGAGAUGUGUGAGCAACUGGGUUUGGAGAAGCCUAGUGAAGAGGAGAGUAGGAAGUUUGGAGCGAGUGUUGGGCACUGGCCUGGCUUUUCUGAUAUACCCUCUGCUUUGGAGAGGCUGUCCAAGUACUUCAAGCUUGUCGUUCUUUCGAACGUCGACCAUGAAUCGUUCAAGCUUGGAAAUGCGAAUGGGCUCAAGGGAUACAAGUUCGAUGCGGUCUACACCGCCCAGGACAUCGGGUCUUACAAGCCUGACUUGAAAAACUUUGAAUACAUGUUGGCAAAAGUGAAGGAGCAAUUUGGCGUCGAGAAGCAUGAGGUCCUGCAGACGGCGCAAUCUCAAUACCACGACCAUCACCCAGCAAAGGAUAUGGGAAUCAAGAGUUCUUGGAUCUACAGGCCGGGCGCGGUUAUGGGGAAUCGUGAUGAUCCAGUAUACAACUGGAAGUUCGAUACAUUGGCGGAUAUGGCAGAUGCCGUGGAGAAGGAGGCGGCAGAGCAGGGAAAGUAG